UGCUGUCAGACUGACAAUGCCACAGCGCACCCAAAAUUUCCUGAUCCAUAUCCUCCUGUUGUGGACCACCUUAAUUUCCAUAAUCCAGAUUGCGAUCAUCAUCUUCCUCUUCACAGCUGGACAGAAAGGCUUGGACAGUAGUGCUGUAGAACCAUCCCAAAUGCCAUCUGUGGGAACUGUUAAUUCGUUACCUUCCAAUAAGCUUGUCUUAGGCGAAGGAAAAAUGCUCACCUUUAAGGCGACUAAAGCCGAAGGUCAAAUAAAGUGGACUGCAAAUCGUCCAGACGACGCUCUGAUUUUAGAACGCGACAAACACCUGAUGAUGAUGGUGGAUGGAUACCUUUUUCUAAAUCUUCAGGUUACACUGUCUGCAAAGGCAGGGUGUACAGGAUCCAAUAACUGUAAUGUGAGCCUGGUGAAAAUACAACCGGAAAAAACAGAAGUUGUCCUGCAGGGCUUGAUCAACAAAGAAACCCUCAGCACAGGUAUUCUCAGCAAGGUGGAAGAGCUGGGUGCUGGAGAGAAACUGGUAGUCAACAUGACCUCUUUAUGCGAUUGUGUUGAUGACAACUUAAGUAAAACUCACCUGGAUAUCAUCUUCAUGUUACGGCCUCAGAUGUCAGUUAAAUAAUCUAAAUUCUUGGCAUGAUGCAGGUCACCUUUGCAGCUCUGGAACCAAACCUGCUCUGACUCUAGUUGAGUGUACUUGUUGUUCACUUGGGACUAAACAGACUUUGAUUUUGGCCUUUUGACUGCCAGACCAGCAAUUCACCUAAUUUUUCAGACAGAUGCAUAAAAAAGCUGAAUUCAACAAGAGCUUGUUUUUUUUUUUGUUUUUUGUUUUUCUUUAAUCUGGAGGUUGGAUGAAAACUUUGUCCCUUUUCACAUUCAGGUCGACAAAAAAGAAAAAAGCUAACCAAAACCAGCAUUUAGAACGAUCCAAUGAUGUUUAAUUUUGUAAAGUAGAUAUAGCAGACCUGGAAUCGGUCUGUCGUUGUAUCAUCACUACAAAUCUGUUUCUUUGCUCAUAUGAUUGUACGAUUCUUUUCUUUUUGUUUUUUUUCAAAUUCACACUUGAAAACACCGCUGUAUGACACAACAGCAUGCUGAAGGUUGCUGUUUUUUGGGGUUUUUUUUUACAUGUUAUUGUGUGUAUUUAAUGAAUUAGAAAACCAAAGCUGUAAUGUUUUCAUUGUUCUCAAAUAGCUUUGGUUUUUUUUUAAAGAAACCUUGAAGCAGGUAUUUCAGAUUUGAUAGCUCUUACUUAAAUGUUCAAACUGUAUUUCUUUGUUAGAGCCUCCUGUGUUUAAUAUAUCUAGUAGUUAAUUUCAAGAAUGUAUUCUA